AUGGUUGUUCCUCAAUUUGGUGUGGGUCGUACUGAAAUUGUUCAGCAACAGCCGUAUAAUCGCUCGCCAGGCCAGGCGCUGGCGGAUGGUGCGAGGCAUGUUGAAGCCCAGUCGCAACUGCAACAACAUCAGCAAUGGGUUGGAAACGUGCUCGAUGCCAUUGCAAAACCCAAUACGAAAGCAGCCUACGAGCCCAAAGAGGCUGAAUUUUUGGAGUUUUGCAGGGUAGUCUACGGUGACGAUCCCGUCCCAUGUCAUGUCACCUUUGAAAAAGUGUAUAAAUUUUUUUAUUAUGUUGUUCAUCGCCAAGUGAGACCACGUGGAAAGAAAAAAGGCACCAGUGGUUACUUCAAUCUUGAGGAAUACAACCGAAUUUGGAGCGCAACGCGAGGAUCACCGGACACGGACACAAACCAUGUGCCACCGCAUUUAUGUUUUGGUGACUUACCAGAGGGCGAGGGUUCGUCGCCAGGGUACGACUGUUUCAAUCAGUACAAAUGUGCGAUAAAAAAACUCCACGAAAAAAACUUGAGAAACAAAACCACUGGAUUGGAUUGGAACCAGGAAAUAUGGACUCCCUGGUGCAAGGAUUUAGAACUGCUAGUGAAAAGGCGCAAGGGGGUAAUGAAAAAAGUGCACCACAAGGAGAAGAUGAACCCUGACCAUACCCUGUUGAAGGGGAAAGGGAAAGACAAGCUCAUCGAGGAGGAGAUGUGGAGGGAGGGUUUCACCAAAUCCACUCUUCGAAACGCAUUUGGUUCAAUUAGACAUCGCUUAAUGUUUUUAUUUACCUUGAGUGGUGUUCUUCGUAUGGAAAGUCUACAUUCUGCGGAAUUAUCUGAUUGCUUUCUAAUUAAGGGUCGGAACGAAGCUAAAGAGUCUCAAGAUUGGGAUUGCUUAAUCAUGCAAAUGUGUGAUGGCAAAACAAAUAGGGGCAAGGUGUUCUACGGACGGUCUAUGCGUCACAAGAACGUACUAUUAUGCCCGAUCGGAGCUCUCGGAUUUUACUUGUUGUCUCGCUUCAAACUUUCUGGCGAGUUCGAGGAAGAUCGUUGCCCAGACUUCACCGACAACAGUGCGUGGUAUGAUAUCAAGCUGUUGGUAUCAUUCGGAACACACAAUGGAGCCGAAACUGCCGAGGAAGGGCGGAAAAGGCCCAUCAAGCCAAAGAACUUCAGCGAUUCAAUGAGGGAGAUUCUAGGUAAGCUGGGCAUUCCAUCCACACAUUUACAGCACCUUGGAAGGCUGUUUGGAAACAUGAAUCUUCAGUACCUAGAGAUUGACGAAGAGUUUAUUCGAAUGUUGGGCAACUGGGCGGUCAACAUCCGCGACCAGUGUUACAGCACCCAUCUGCCACUCAAGGCAAUGAGAGCCGCUGCCGGGUUUACAACCAGCGAGGGGCGGUACUACAAUCCGCGAGCGUUGGUUGUUCCACCUGAAGAACUUGAGAAGAAAAUUUUCCCCUUCGCGGAUCGUGCAUUGGAAAAAGUUGAGGCGGCUUGCAAGAGCAAGGGCAGUCGCAUGGGUGGAUACUAUUUAGGAACCGCCAGGGGUUUCUUAGAAAUGCUCUUGCGGCUCAGAACAAUCAUCCUGCAGGACGCGGCGGCAAUGAAGGUCCUGCAUCCGGAAAGGUGCGAUGGCCACAUGUUUUUCCAGGCCUUUCCGGAGCUCUUCCGCAAUCAGUUAUUCCUGGAAUACACAGCGAAAAUGCGACUGGAAUUGUCGCAUGCUGUUGAGGUGCGAACUGCCACCGUUGACGCUGUGCUUCCCGGCGUCAUUGAGCAUUUCAACAGCCUGGGGCAGGGCGUUCGGCGAAACGGAGAAGAUAUAAUGGAAGUAAAGAAAGAUGUAAAUGAUUUGAGGGAGGCGAUCCCGGCGAUGAUGCGGGACACGACGCUCGCAACAUGGCAGGCGGCGAUUAUGCGGGACACGAUGCUCGCAACAUGGCAGUCGCUACUCAGCGGAAUGACAUCGAUGGUCGGAGAUAUGCGGAGUGCUACCGCUACCGCACCAUCAGCAUUUCCAGCACUUCCAGCAAUGCAACAACAAACAAUUGCGGCGGCUGCGAAUCCCCUGCAUCUGACGGAACAAAUUCGCAGUUUUACGUUUGAAUCGCAACACAACAAUCUAAAAGGUAUGUGGGACGAAUGGCACGGCCUAGGAAACUACAAGGACAUGCCAAUGGCUGGAGGAGUUGCCGCUUUGGAGGAGUUGCACGGCGCAAAAUGGAGGGGAAAAAACAUACAACAACGCGUCUCAAGACAAGGCAGGAUUUGUCUUGCGAUUAAAAAGAAGUCUGAAGCCGAAUCCAAGUCGAUCGACUCGGUUUGCAACGAAUGGAAUGAAAAGUAUGCGGUGGAUUUGAACAAAAACAUGAGAAGUUUCGUGCAGUACUUGCAAAAUAAGAAUUGGAUUCCAGUUCACGCACGACGCGGACGAAGAUCAGAUACUUAG